GUGGUGGACCGCUGUCCAGGUGCGAGGAGCGGCUAAGCGAGCGCUCCCGGGAGAAGCUGGCGCGGACGCCUGAGGUAAAAGAAUGGCUAACUCCAUUGCAUCAAAGAACUUUACUGCACUUUCAGACCUGCAUCCAAAUAUGGCUAAUUUAAAAAUAAUCGGCAUAGUUAUUGGAAAAACAGAUGUCAAAGGCUUUCCAGACAGAAAAAAUAUUGGAUCAGAAAGGUACACUUUCAGUUUCACCAUUCGUGAUUCAACAACCCAUUUUGUAAAUGCAACAUCGUGGGGCAAGGAAGAUUACAUCAGAUCACUUUCUGAUGGCUUUCGUGUUGGCGAGUGUGUGAUAAUUGAAAAUCCCCUGAUCCAAAGAAAGGAAUUAGAAAGAGAAGAAAAGUUCAGCCCUGCAACUCCUAGCGAUUAUAAACUAUUGCUCAGUGAGAAUCACUCAAUGGUAAAAGUUUGUUCCAGUUAUGAAGUGGAUGCGAAGCUACUUUCUUUGAUAUACUUACCUGUUAAAGAGUCUUGUGAUUAUUAUUCAUUGGGUGACAUUGUUGCAAACGGACACAGUCUUGAUGGGAGAAUUAUUAAUGUCCUUGCAGCUGUGAGGUCGGUUGGAGAGCCAAAAUACUUUACAACUUCAGACCGAAGAAAAGGCCAGAGGUGUGAAGUUAAACUCUAUGAUGAGACGUCUUCUUUUGCAAUGAUAUGUUGGGAUAAUGAAUCUAUUCUACUUGCACAGAGCUGGGUGCCACGAGAAACAGUAAUAUUUGCCUCAGAUGUAAGAAUAAGUUUUGACAAGUUUCGGAACUGCAUGACAGCAACUGUAAUCUCAAAAACCAUUAUUACAACUAAUCCAGAUACACCAGAAGCUAACAUCCUAUUGAAUUUUAUAAGAGAAAAUAAAGAAACGAAUCCUCUGGAUGAUGAAAUUGACAGUUAUUUGAAAGAAUCCACAAAUUUAAAUACAAUAGUUGAUGUCUAUACAGUUGAACAAUUAAAGGUAAAAGCUUUGAAGAAUGAAGGAAAAGCUGAUCCUAUCUAUGGAAUUCUUUAUGCUUACAUUUCUACACUGAACAUUGAUGAUGAAACUACAAAAGUAGUUCGAAAUAGUGGUACCCUCCAUUCCUGUAGUCUCACAGGACGUGUUGCUGAGGAGACUUUGGGCUUCACUUUUUUUUUAUCUCAUAGAGCAAGGGGUGGACUGAGAGUGAGUGUGCUCUCCUGUAAGCUCGCAGAUCCUAUCGAGGCAAGUAGGAACUUGUCUGGACAAGGAAAUAUUUAAAAACCAGACGUCAUUUUAAACUCUGGAAAAGAAUACGAGUUUUAACCGCCUUUAAAGUGGAAAAUGAGUUUGAAAAUUACAGAUAAAAUUGUAUUUUGUUCAAAU